UGUAGAAUGUAAAUAGUUAAUUUAAAAAUCAGAUACUGUUAAAUUAUACAAGUUGAAAUAUUAGUAGUCUGAGAUAUUUUAUUGUUGUUUUUAUUCACUGUUACUACCAACAAUAUAAAAUAGUUUUAAUAUAAUUAUUGGAUGUUUGGUCAAAAGUUAGUAAUUAUUUAAUAAUGCCUCUAUCAAAACGAAGAAGAUUAUUUACGCCCAAAAAACAUAAAGCGAAGACCAACAAUAAAGAUCAAGAGGAAUCAAAGGAUAAUGAAGUCACCACAGCCCGUGGACGUCUUAAAGGAGCUCUAAUGGAAAUGCUUGAACCAACAGCUGAAGAAUCUGACGCUUCAUCAGAAUACACACCGGUUAAGCGAGAAAGGAACAUAAGUAACCAAGAACAAAAAGAAGAAACAACAGAUGAAGAAGAUUCAUCAAACAAAAGGAAAUCACCACAGCGACAAUCAUAUGUUCUAAAAUUAUUUGAUAGGAGUGUAGACCUAUCGCAGUUUAGUGAAGACUCCCCACUAUAUCCUAUAUGCAGAGCCUGGAUUGCAAACCAACCAAAGGCUAAUUAUAAAGAAUUUGGAAAAAAAACACCUGAACCUCAAGCCACAGAAAGUGUGGACUUGCCUGGUCCUGAAGGACCUGCAAUCUCUCGAAUACCUGACUUGAUACCAGAACAAAAAGCAUGCAGCAAGAACAACAUUAAUUUAAAUUAUCGUGAAGCUCCCCCACCUAGUAAGGAGCAGCUCCUUCAUGAGCACAUGACGCGCUGGGCUGGAGUGCGCGGUGCUUGGCUCGACCGCGCGGCACUCGUCGAAGCACGUUACAUUUCCACACAGAACAUACUUAAUAAAAUUAAUGUCAAUGGCCUUUAAUGAUUGUUAGUGAAUUUUUGCAGAGUGAAGAUUUUAUUAUUAGAUACUUGAUCAUUUUUUUAACCUCCUAUUUCUUUGAUAAAAUGAAUCAAUAUAAUCAGAAAUUA